UUCGCUUGACUUGUUUGCCUUGCUAUUUUCUCUUGUGUGUAUUUUUCGCCCUCACUCAAUCGGUUGACUUCUAAUUAUUUUUAGUUGAUUUAUUACGAUGGAUUCAACUUUACGUGAACAAGUAAUGAUAAAUCAAUUUGUAUUAGCAGCAGGAUGCGCACAAGAACAAGCUAGACAAUUAUUACAAGCUGCUCAUUGGCAAUUUGAGACAGCCUUAUCAAUAUUCUUUCAAGAAGUUGCCAUACCCGCCGGUGCCAAUGGAAUUGCUGCACCACAUUAUCGCCAGCAAUUGAUGACACCCUGCAACACACCGGCUACUCCACCCAACUUUCCGGACGCCUUAGCGGCGUUUUCGCGGCUUUCUACAACAGGGAGCCCAAAUAAUUCCGGCAGCGGCGUUAGUACGGUACCUCCCGUCUCUCCUCUGGCGACUCAUCCACCACCGCCGCCGCCAAUCAACACGUUCCCUGGGUCUCCAAACUCACAAACCAGCUAUACACCAUUCUCCUGCUCAACUGCAGUUUGCAGUGAACACAUGCCAAGAUAAAUGAAUAUAUUAGUUUAGGAGCAUCUAUAUUUAUUUUUAUAAUGGUGCGCAAAAUGAACAGUGGAAUUGUGUAUGAAAAUGUAUAAUAUUUCACAUAUACCCCUACUACAGCAGCGGUAAGCUGGACAAUAUUUGGGGUGCUGUAGUCAAUCAUGUUAAAUAAAUAAUUUGUCUAUGUAUUUCUGUAAAAUAUACCACAGUGGAAUAAAUAUCAAUGCACAACAAUGCCAUUAAUGCGUAAUCACUUUUCUCAUCUUCACAUUGUGACAGUGCAUAAAUUUUUAAAUCAUGUUAAAUCAUAUUUGUAUUUUUAAGCUAGAUCAAAACAUAAUAACAUAUUGUUAAAUAUUUUUAUUUGGAAAUAUUAAGUUCUAUCUUAGUAAGUACCUAUCUUAAAUUAUAAUAAAUCAUCUUAUUUUUUGUAUUGACUGUAUAUGUGUAAUACAGACUUAAAAGACAAUACAUA